AUGACAAUAUUUCCUCCAUGGUUUGGUUACUAUUCAUUUGUCGUCAUCUUGCUAGGGUUUGGAUUAGGGCAACUAGGUACUCAUGGCCAGAUCUAUAGAUUAUACGGCCAAAAGAAAUUAGCUACUUACACCAUCACCGUCGAUCAAUCCGGCAAAGGAAACUUCACCAAAGUACAAUCCGCCAUUGAUGCUGUUCCUUCAAACAACAAGCACUGGGUUUGUAUCAAGAUCUCCUCCGGAACCUAUAGGGAGAAGGUGAAAAUUCCUUCUGAUAAGCCGUACAUAAUUCUAAAAGGAGAAAACAAGCGACGAACACAAAUCGUUUGGGAUGAUAUUGGCCCUGUUGACAGAAGUGCCACUUUCAUUUCUGAAGCUCCUAGUAUCACUAUCAAAUCCAUCACUUUUGCUAAUUCAUACAAUAAUCCUUUUAACAGAUAUCGUCAAAUUACACAAGCAUUGGCAGCUAUGAUAAGUGGCGAUAAAACAUUAUUCUACAAAUGUGGAUUUUUUGGGUUUCAAGAUACUUUGUGGGCUGUUGAAGGACGCCAGUUUUACAAGAAAUGCACUAUCCAAGGUGCUAUCGAUUUCAUCUUUGGCCAUGCCCAGGCCGUUUUCCAGGGUUGCGCCAUAUCAGUGCUAGCGGGAAAUCUCCAGCCUGGUGGGAUAGGGUACAUCACAGCACACGGGAGAGACAAUCCGGAUGAAUCAGGCGGAUUCAUUUUCAACGAAUGCAUGGUGCAUGGUACUGGUUUAACCUAUUUGGGAAGGGCGUGGAGACCUUAUGCAAGGGUCAUUUUCUACAGGUCUAACUUAUCAAACAUUGUAGUCCCUGAAGGUUGGGAUGGUUGGCAAGCUCUUGGUCAUGAGGAGCAAUUGACAUUUGGAGAGUAUGGAUGCUAUGGAGCAGGAGCCAACACUUCGAAGCGUGUGAGUUGGGAAAGGAAGCUUGGCCCUGAUAUGGUGCAACAGUUUACUAGUUUGAAUUUUAUUGAUUCUGAAGGAUGGCUCAUUAACCAACCUUCUUAA